AUGGUAGAAUGGACUCUAGUGGUUACUCCAAUGGAUGUAAACAUUAAGCUCUCCAUUAAAGAUCGCUCUCUACUUGUUGAUACAAAGAGGUACAGAAGCCUAAUUGGGAGUUUGGUGUACCUGUGCAACACAAGGCCCAAUAUCAGUUUUGCAGUUGGUAUCUUGAGUAAAUUUACAAAUAAGCCACGAGAAAUUCAUUGGAAGGCUGGAAUAAGGGUCCUCAAGUAUAUAAAAGGGACUCCUCAUUUUGGCGUCUCUUAUACAUUACGGAACUCCCUAAUUGGAUAUUGUGACUCCGAUUGGGCAGGAUAUAUUGAUUCCAGAAAGUCAGCUUCUGGAUAUUGUUUUCUCUUUGGGAAUGGAAUUAUCUCAUGGACAAGCAAGAAGCAGCCAACAGUGUCACUAUCAUCCACAGAAGCCGAGUACAAGUCAACAUGUCUCACCUUAUGUGAAUCUGUUUGGAUAAGAAGACUUCUUACUGAUAUCUCUGAUUCACUGUGA